GGCGGCAACGUUUUCCCAGAUGAAGCAGGCAAAGUAGAGCAUAGAGGACAUAUACACUGAGCCAGCUUUCCUCUGGACACUCCCCAUCUCCUGAGCCCAGUGCUUGGCUAGUGGUCUCAGGACACUCCCUAAGCGUCCAUAGAUCUGGAGCUUUCUACUGGGCCUGCUACCCCCACCAGACCCCUAUCUCUUUUGGGUGGCCAGCUAUCUUUGACACUUCCUAAUCCUGGUCUGGAGCCUUUUCCUGUAGCCUUUUCCUGGAUAUCUCUCACCAAACAUCCCCAAUCUAUUCUGGAGCUCUUCACAGCAGUGGCAGCCCCAGCGGGGCCAAGGCAAAGACCCGAGGGAGAGGUCUACAAUUUGGAAAUUCCCACGGGCAUGUGUCAAGGCUAGCAAUGGAAUCUCCCCAAAGCUUGUUUGCCCAGGGUGAUGAGGACCUCCAGGUGAUGAAGGCGGGGGCAAUGUUGAGGAAGGUCAAGUCUCGCUCUUGGAAGAAGCAGCGGCACUUCCGCCUGCAGGAGGAUGGCCAGACCAUCUGGUACAAGUCCAGGUGGGCAGGGACAGGCCACUCCACCUUCUCUGUGGCUGACGUGGAUGUGGUGCGCGAGGGUCACCAGUCGGAGAUCCUGCUAAGUAUCGCUGAUGAGUUCCCCGCUGACCUCUGUUUCACCCUGGUGUUCCGUGGUCGCCGCAGCAACUUGGACCUGGUGGCGGAGUCGCCGUCCGAGGCGCAGGUCUGGAUCCGGGGUGUCCGCAAACUGAUCCAGAACACUAAGAGCAUGAAUGACAAGGAGAGGCUCGACCAGUGGAUCUGGGACUGGUUUCAAAAGGCGGAUAAAAACAAAGAUGGACGGAUGAACUUCAAGGAGGUACGCACACUGCUGAAGAUGAUGAACGUGGACAUGAAUGAAGAGUACGCUCUUCGCCUUUUCACGAUGGCUGAUAACUCAGAGUCCGGUUGUCUGGAGAACGAGGAGUUUGUCCAGUUCUAUAAGAUGCUGACGGAGAGGGAGGAUGUGUGGCGGGUGUUCCAGGACUAUUCUCGGGACGGACAGAUAUUAACCCUCGCUGAGCUGGAGGACUUCCUGAAGCAGGAGCAGCAGGAGGGGGAGAGGAGUCUGGAGCACGCCCAAGAGUUGAUUGACCGCUAUGAACCCUCAGAGAACGCCAAGAAACAUGGGGCAAUGUCUAUAGACGGCUUCCAGAUGUACCUGGUCUCUCCGGAGGGCGCCAUCUUGGAUCCCCAGCUGCUGGCCCUGCACCAGGACAUGAGCCAGCCCCUCAGCCACUACUUCAUCUGCUCCUCCCACAACACCUACCUGAUGGACGACCAGCUCCGAGGACAGAGCAGCCAGGAGGCCUACAUCCAGGCUCUGAAGCGUGGCUGUCGUUGCGUCGAGGUGGACUGUUGGGAUGGGCCAAAUGGAGAGCCGGUUGUUUAUCACGGCCAUACCUUCACGUCCAAGAUACUUUUCAGAGACGUCAUCACCACACUGGCAGAAUACGCCUUCAAGGUGUCUGAGUUUCCUGUCAUCCUGUCCCUGGAGAACCACUGCAGCAUGGAGCAGCAGAGGGUCAUGGCCCAGCUCCUGGACACCAUCCUGGGGGACACACUGCUCAGGGCCCCCCUCGACAGACUGGUUCCCCAAGAGCUGCCCUCUCCUCAGGAUCUGAAGGGAAAGGUCCUGCUGAAAGCGAAGAAGAUUGGCGGCGUAGAAGAAAGUGAAACGCUGACCGAUGAGGUCACUGAUGAGGUCAGCGACGAAGAUGAGGCUGACCCUAAGAGCCUGUCUGCAGAGGCCCUUCGUCUCAAUGAUAAGAAAUCCAAGUUCUCCAGGGAACUAUCGGAUCUGGUCGUGUACUGUAAGAGUGUUCAUUUCCACAGCUUUGAGUACUCUCGCCUGCACUCCAAGUGCUACGAGAUGUCCUCCUUCUCUGAGUCCAAGGCCAGGAAACUUGCAAAGGACACAGGGGCAGAGUUUGUGCGCCACAACAGCAGACAGCUGAGCAGGGUCUACCCCAGUGGCAUGAGGACUGACUCCUCCAACUACAACCCACAGGAGCUGUGGAACGUAGGCUGUCAGAUAGGCCUGGUGAAACACACCGUACACAUCUGUACAUGCAUUGCUUGCUUCCUGGCUGGAAGAAAGAAGGAGAAGGUUUACUGCCCGAAAUGGCAAGUGGCUCUGAACUUCCAGACAGCUGGGCCAGAGAUGGAUCUGAACGAUGGGCUCUUCAGUCAGAACGGCUGCUGCGGCUACGUCCUCAAACCUGACUUCAUGAGGAAUGAUGACUCUUUUGAUCCAGAGAGACCCCAGGACCGGAAUGGUUACACAUCACUCCGCCUGUCUAUCCAGGUGAUCAGUGGGCAGCAGCUACCAAAGGUGAACCACAAGGAGGGCUCUAUCGUUGACCCUCUGGUUAGAGUGGAGAUCUACGGAGUAUUUCAGGACCAAGCCAAGCAAGAAACUAGUUACAUUGACAACAACGGUUUUAACCCUCUGUGGAAUGAGACCCUCAAUUUUAUCGUCCAUGUCCCUGAGUUGGCCCUGGUGCGUUUUGUGGUGGAGGACUAUGACAAGUCCUCCAGGAACGACUUCAUGGGCCAGUUCACUGUGCCCUUCACCUGUAUUCAGCCAGGAUAUCGCCAUAUCCACCUUCUGUCCAAAGAUGGGACGGCAAUCCCUCUGUCUUCUCUGUUUGUCAACAUCAAGAUCUCCGAGCUAACAACAGAAGUCUGAUGGCCCAAUGAUUGGCUGAAUAACAUGCCGCAAACACCAACCGCAUGGGAGGGUUACAAUAAUACUGUUAUCGGUUUUUAAAGGUAAAUCUAUAUGCCCAAUGAACUGUUUUAGAUCAUUUCUGCUUAAAUUGCCGUUUCUGUUCAAGCAACAUCAGCGGGGCCUCACACUGAUGAAAGACAAAAAACCACUUGUCUCAUGGCCUAGACAGCCUUACCUGGGAAUUCUCAGCAUCUUAGGGAUUUUUUUGCUAUUUCCCCAAUAUAUAAUCUUUUAAAAUAAUCAGAGUUUAAAAAAAAAUUGAAUGUCAUGGGAGUGCGUCAAAUCAUAUACGUUUGACGCCCACGCAGAUAACUGAGAUGAAAUCAAUGAAGAAAUGCUUGAGCCCAAUGUUAGCUUCUUUGACAUGGCACAUUCAAUAGCACUUGGCUGAUCAAACUGAUGCAAGGACUGACAUAUUGCAGGGUUCAAAGGUCAUUUUAGAGUAACAGACUUUGCAAUGGCCUCUUUUAAAAAAAUCUGUUUUAUAACCAUCCAAGUAUUCAACAUUUGCACUGUGUGCUGGUAGAGUAGCUGAAUUGUAUAAACAAUUAUUCCUCCAUCUAAACAUUUCAAUAGAUAUUCUUUACAGUUCUUCAAAGUGUGGCAUGAAACUAUAUCUAUUAUCUAAAGAAUCGUGUUGCAAAAGUAUUGAACUGUAAAGUAUUUAUGUGCAUAGAGCUCUGUAAAUAAAGAGAAAUGAAAGACCUGUCUUUAAAAAACAA